AUGGAGAAGAAUCCGGGCACAGACUCCAAAUCCAGUCCAAAUCAUGGAUUCAAAGAGGCCACCGUGCCUCCGGUGCGUUUCUGGAUCCUCAGCGUCGGAGUCUGUCUUGGGCUCUUCCUCUCCAUUAUAGACACCUCCAUUGUCGCCACCAGUAUCUACAGCAUCGGCGUUGACUUCCAAGACGUCCGCCGCGUCAACUGGGUCGCCUUGGCCUACACGCUUUCCUAUCUUGGCUGCGCUGUGACCUUUGCUCGCGUCUCCGAUGUGGUGGGCAGGCGGAAUGCCUUUGUCGCUGCCUAUAUUAUCUUCUUUGCGUUUUCCUUGGGAUGUGGUUUUGCGCAGAGCAUGGAUCAGCUCAUCGCUUGCCGGACUCUACAGGGGAUAGGUGGCUCUGGCCUUUACUCUCUUCCCAUGAUAAUUUUGCCCGAGCUCUGUCCCGAGCAUCUUCGGCAACAUAUUGGCAGCGUAAUAGGUCUAGUCAUCGCCGGGUCGGGGGCCCUUGGGCCUGUUCUGGGAGGCAUCUUGACGCACUAUGCCACCUGGAGAUGGGUCUUUUGGAUAAAUGGGCCCAUUGGUUUCGUCUCCUUGGUCAUUUUCUUUCUCUCCUGGCCAAAGGCCGAACACCUACCUUCGACGACAAGACAAUCUUGGAAAAAAUUCGACUAUGUCGGCUCCUUUCUUAUCAUUACCGCGGCUGUUCUGGUUGUCUUCUCCUUCCAGAAUGCCGGUGAGUCUCCAGCCACGGCAUGGGGCACCGCCCUCUUCAUCGCGCCCUUGACCGUCGGCCUUAUCCUCUUGCUAGCCCUCCUAGCUUGGGGAUACCUAGCCAGACGUGUCUUUGAGGACCGUGUCGCUCUCACCUUUCCCAUCAGCCUCUUCCGCAACAAAGCAUACGCAUCCGCUGCGCUCUCUACGCUAUUCAUUGGCUAUCCGUAUUUCAUAAUCAACUACGCUUUUCCAAUCAGGGCCCAGGUCGUGGACGACAAAAGCCCGUUGUUGGCUGGUAUCAUGCUGCUGCCCAUGUUGGGCUCCACAGCCGUGGGAAGCAUUCUCGCGGGAGUCGUGAGCAGGACCAAGAACUAUCUUUUCGAGACGAUGCUCGUUGGUGCUUGCCUGAUGACUGUUGGGGUCGGAUUACUUACCAUCGUUCACGACGCCGGCGACGAUGCCAAGGCACUCGGUUUCCUUGUCUUUGCCGGUCUUGGGUUUGGAUUAAACGUCGCGUCUGCCACAAUGCUCACCUCGUUCGAAAUACCCAUCAUAGACUAUGGUAAAGUUUCAUCAAAAUCUUGUCAAAUUUACCACCCCCCACGAACUAAUCAAAAAGCUCCAGCACCUGCGCAGGGAAUUAUAGCACAAUUGAGAAUCCUCGGGGGUAGUCUGGGAAUCUCCACCUCGACCGUUUUCCUAAACACCAAAACCAGUGAACUGCUCUCGGGGGUUCUGACACCACAAGAACAGGCCACACUCGGUCACGGCGGAGCGCCGCUUUCGCCGGAACAGCGCAGUAUAGUGCACCGAGCCUUCUCGGAAGCUUUCCACAAUGACAUGGUGGCUGCAGCGGCGGUAUCAGGGGCGGCUGUCUUGGUAGUCCUAGGCGCAUAUCGUCGUGGGCGGAUGCUUGUGACGGAUCAGAAGAAGGCCCGGGUCCAGGAGGAGAUAGAGCGCAGAUCGGGACAGAUUAAAGCUUCUGAGAGUGUUUCGGCGUUGCGGACAUGA